AUGACGUCAUGCUCCUCUGAGAUAGUUGUUCGCUUUUCUAACGUACUUCAAAAUGAACAAGAAUCCCUAAAAUUGCGAUUUAGAGCCCUUUUUGCCCUUCGUAAUAUUGGGUGUGAUCUGUCCGUUACUGAAAUAGCCAAGGCAUUCACUACUACUUCGAUUCUUCUUAAACAUGAACUAGCUUAUGUCUUAGGCCAGAUGCAAAACCCCACCGCUCUGCCCAUUUUAGCCGACGUCCUUAAGAAUCAAGACGAGAACGAAAUAGUUCGGCAUGAAGCAGCUGAGGCCAUUGCCACUUUUGGCGAUCUCAACUACGAGCCACUCCUUCGACACUAUGCUUCAAUCGAAAAUGCACAAAGUCGAGCUGUUGCUGAAACAUGUCAAAUUGGUGCCGAUCUUAUUAUUAAAGGUGGGGCUAAAGAGUCUCUUUAUGGGUCCUUUGAUCCGGCCCUUCCUUUGGCUGAAGAGAGUAUUCCUCGUUUGGCCGAGAUCUAUCUUGAUACUAGCCUGCCACUUUAUGAAAGAUACGCGGCCAUGUUCAAACUACGAGAUAUCGGCACGGAAGAAACUGUAGAAAUUCUAGCACAGGGGUUUGAUUCAGAGAACCGGUCUGACUUGUUUGAGCAUGAAAUUGCAUUUGUCUUUGGUCAGAUGUCUCAUCCGGCUUCAGCUAAGCAUCUUGCUCGGGUUCUAGCUGAUGAAAGCCGGCAUGAAAUGGUACGCCAUGAAUGUGCUGAAGCUUUAGGAUCUAUUGAUACCCCAGAAGCUACUAAGGCGCUUUUGCUUUUCAAGGAUGUUCCCAAUCGCAUCAUCCGAGAGAGUGUUGAGAUUGGCCUUGAUAUUCAGGACUACAAAUUCUCUGAUCCCACCCUAGAGUAUACCAUUAACAAUUUAGCCCCUCAGUAA